UCGAAAUAAAAGUAUUCAAGUUGGAAGUUUUAAUCAAAUUAUGUGCGAAAGAAUGCAAAAGUUUUAUUCUUAUUAAUCCGAUGUUAAAAAUAAUCACCUUAUGAAUUAAUGACUGUUUAAAUUUAUCAAUGACUUAUUAAUUUUGUUAUUGCAACCAUGAAAAAUAUAAAAUUGCGUAUAAUUUUAGUAAUUUAACAUUGUAAGGUUCCAAUAAUAGAUAAUCAGACUUUGGUUUCUAUUCUUGAAUUCAAAUUUUAACAAUGGUACGCAACUAUAUAAGAAAGUCAAAUCGACAGCAAUGGGGCAAAAAUCAUAUGAUGCAAGCUAUCUCUGCAAUAACUAAAGGUGGUCUGUCAUUUAAUAUGGCAGCUGUCAGAUUUUCUGUACCAAAAUCAACUCUUAUACGAUACUAUCAUAGAGCCAAAAAUAGUAAUAUUAAUCUUGAAGAACAAAAUUUCAAGUUGGGAUCGUUCAAGACUACAUUUACAGGAGAACAAGAAAAGAAAUUAAAGCAAUAUAUCAAAGAUUUUAAUUUAUCUUUACGUGAAUUAAGUCCAUUGGAACUUCGUAGAAUAGCAUUUAAGUAUGCAGAAAUAAAUGGUAUUUCUCAUAAUUUCAACAAAAAAACAAAAUUAGCUGGCUAUGAUUGGUACAAAAAUUUUAUAAGAAGGAAUGAAAUUGAAGAAAAAAGUAAAAGUGAACCAUCUAUCUACAUUUCAAGCAAAUUGAAUGUUGAUUACAAUAUUGAUACAUUUUUUCCUGUAUUGAAUAAUUUACAACAGCUUUAUAAAUUUCCUCCAAAUAGAAUUUAUAGCGUUCAUGAUAGAGGAGUCAUUUCUAUUCCAAAUUUAAGUUCUAAAAUAUUUAGUGCAGUGGACAAAACAAUGUCAACCUUUAAUUUUCUUACUGUAAUCACUUGUUCUAAUGCCAAUGGAAAUUUUAUACCUCCAUUAUUAAUAUAUCCUUCAAAAGAAGACAAUCCAGAUUUUGCAAAAGGAUGUCCAACUGGGACCAAAAUCAUCUGUCAACCAUCUGGAUGCAUACAAGAGAAUACAUUUUUGCCUACAUGGUUCUAUCAUUUUGUAAAUUAUGUACAACCAAUUAAAGAGUAUCCUGUCCUCUUACUUUUGAAUGAACAAGGAUUAUGUAUGAAAAAUAUACAACUAAUUGAAGAAGCUAAAAUGCAUAACAUACACAUUUUAAAUAUUCCAGUUACGUUAUCUGAUAGAUGCUACCCAUUGGAAAAACAUUUCAUGACAGAACUAAAAAAAUACUACUGUGAAGAACAAGAUAAAUGGACUAAAGAAAAUAAAGGACGAGUGAUUGACUUAGAAUGCGUUGGGACAAUUUUUAGUAUAGCAUACACAAAAGCAAUUGUACCAAAUAAUGUAAUAAAUGGAUUCAAAGAGAGUGGAAUAUACCCAUUGAAUCAGUCUGUUUUGACAGGCAAAGACAACACUUGCAUAGCUGCCCAAUUAAUUGAGAAAUCAACUAGUAUUUCUAUUUUUACAGAAAGUAAUAAUAGUGAAAGUUCUUUGAAUAAACAAAUUGAAAACUGUAGAACUUCAAUAGAAGCUACUGGUGACAUAGUUAACUCAUUUAAUGACACCAAAGAUACUAAGUAUUUCUUGUUGGAUAAUUUUAAUGAAAAUCAUGAAGAAAGUAAUUCCAAAAUAGAAAUAGUGCAAGAAGAUGGUGGUUUUGAAACAAUUUAUCAAGAAGAAAUAUUUGAAUAUUGUGAUUGAAUUAUAAAAGAAAAGUUUCUUGAAUGAAAUAGUACCUGCUUGAAAUGAAAUGAAUGCUUUGCCUAAAAAUAUUCUGUUGUUACAUGAAAAAUUGAGUUACAUGAAAAGUUGUUACAUGACAAAAUAGUCUUUUGUUACAUGAAAAAUUUGUUUAAAAAAUUUAUUAAAAAUUUGUUUAUUAGCAGUGUUUUCCAAUUUUAUGCUAAAUAAUUAACACAUAAAUAUUGAUUAUAUAUUUAUGUAUAGAUUAUUUAUUAGACUGAAUAAAAAGAAUAUGUAAUAUUGACUACUACCAUUUAAAGUUCUACUUAUUAUAAUGAUUUUGAAAACUUAAAUAUUCUUGAAUUGUCAAAUGAAUAUGCUAUUUUUUCAAACAGUAAAAUUGUAAUUUAAGUUAUCAUUUAUGUAGUUUAU